AUGCUCUCAUCAAAGUCUUCUGUUGCAUCCAUCAAUUUGAUGGAUUGUCAAAAAGAGAGUAUUUUAAACAUGUUAAAUAUUGAAGGCUACGAUGCCAUUACUAAUACAUCAAGUAAAAAGAAAAAGAAGAAAGCCAGUGGAUCCAAUGAUCAUGUUCUUACGGGUCAUGAAUUAGGACAUCAAUUAACAGAACGAAAAGUACAACAGUGGAAAGUUUUAAUUAUGGAUAAACAUUGUUCAGAAAUUAUUACUCCAUUGUUCAAAGUUGGAGAUUUGAGAGCAAUGGGAGUGACUUUAAUGUUACCUUUAGAAGAGAAGAGACAACCAAUUGCAGAUGCACCGGCCAUUUAUUUUGUUCAACCAACUCAACAUAAUAUCGAUCGCAUUUGUAGUGAUUGUGAAAGGGAGCUCUAUGCCUCCUGUCAUAUUAAUUUUUGCCAUAGUAAUUAUAAAAGAGAUAUUUUGGAAAAGAUGGCCACCAAAUUGGUUCAAACUGAAUCAACACAUUUACUUUCAAAAGUUUUGGAUCAAUUUGUUAAUUAUAUUUGCCUAGAGAAGGAUUUUUUCUCCUUACUAGGUUUGGAUAAUUGUUUAUUACAACUUCAUGAUCCAACCAAGAAGGAAGAGGAAAUUAAAUUAAUUGUGGAUCAAAUAGCAAACGGAAUUGCAUCAGUUAUUUUGUCUUCAUCAAAUGGAAAGAAUAAUACCUCUGGAGGAUUUGUAAUGCCAAUUAUUGUCUGCCCCUCAGCUCAAGGAAAACCAGCCAGAUUUAUUGCCGAAGCUGUUGAAAAAACUCUGAGGAAUUUGGCCCAAUCACCUCUUCAAGAAAAUCAAAAGAAUGAAACAAGUGUUGAUAAAAAGAAGAAUAGGCCACUAUUGAUAAUUAUGGACAGAACAGUUGAUUUUACAGUUUGCUUACAACACCAAUGGACAUACCGUUCUAUGAUUCAUGACAUUUUCCAAAUGAAAUCCAAUCAAGUUAAGGUUCCAAUCAGAAAGAAGGUUUCUGAAAAUUCAUCCCCAGAACAGACCUAUGAGAUUGCUUUGGAUGAUGAAUUUUGGAUUGAAAAUGCUACCAAACCAUUCCAAGAAGUAGCUCAAAAUGUAACAAACUAUUUGGAAAAGCACAAAGCAAAAUUGAACGAGUUUAACAAAAAAUAUGGAUUAAAUAUGAGUGAGGAAGAUGUUAUGAAGUCAUCAUCAAGCACUGAAGAUUCUGGACUCAAUAAGAAUACUGUUGAUGAAGUAUUUGUCAUGUCACAAGAAAGAACCAGAGUUGACAUGCACACCAAUAUUGCCUAUGCUAUCCUUCAUGAGGUAAACAAGAGAAAAUUAGAUGAAUUUGUUGCAAUCGAAGAGGCUCUUAUCACCAAACAAUCAAAGAUUGAAUCCGCAGUCUUACACUCCCUGUUGAAUGUUUCAGAGGAGGGUGAGCAAGAAAAAGGUACUUUGGAAGACAAGUUGAGACUCAUUCUUGUAUGCUAUCUCUACAUUAUUCAACAAGAAAGAUUAAACCAGGAUCCUCAAUUCAUAACUCGCCAGGAAUUAGAAAAAUACGCACUUACCCUUCAACAACGAAGAUUGAGCCAGGAAGGUCAAGAAUUCAAGGGUGCAACAAAUUUAUCCCUUGAAAAUAUUUUACCUGAAAUUGCAUUCUUGAAACAAAUGACACGACACAUCAGUAUGACAAGAGGUACUAAUGAAUCAUCACUCAGACACAAUUCUUCUCUUGCCAAUUUGACUAAAAAGUUUUCAAUUUUGGGGGAUCAAAUUAAGAGUAUUGCGUCAGGUCUCAAUGAAUAUUAUGGUGAGGGAUCAGAGUAUAGAACUACCCUUCCUCUCACUAGAAUUGUUGAUGCCAUAGUGAAUAAUACACCAAGAAAACUCUCAGAACAUGAGGAGUUUGUAUUUAUUGAUCCAAAACUCCCACCUUCCCAAUCACUAAUCAAAACUUAUUCUAAAUCUUCUCCUGAAACAAAUACCAAUACUACUCCUGGUAUGAGAAUGGAUGAAAUUGGCCAAUCUUCCCACAAUGUAUCAAAUAAUUCACAAGAUGGAUUCAGUGAUGUGAUUACCUUUGUUGUUGGUGGUGGUAAUUAUAUGGAAUAUUCAAAUCUCCUCCAACACUUUAUUGCCAAGAGUGGUACUUCCAUUAAUGUUACCUAUGGAUCUACAAAUGUUUUGACUGGUGGACAAUUUUUAAAUGAAAUUAGAGCCUUAGGGAGUAAUAAAUAAAUAGUGUUUC